AUGUCGCAUCCAGCUUGCGGCGUGUCUGCGCAUGAAUUUUCAGGGUAUAAUCAAUUUUGCAACCAUCCCAGCAGCUUGAUUCCCCGACCCAAAUUGACCACCACCUUGUGGGAGGAUGAAGGCACUGUCUGUUACCAAGUGGACGCCAACGGGAUUUGUGUCGCUAGGAGACAAGAUAACGAUAUGAUUAACGGAACGAAACUACUCAAUGUGACGGGGAUGUCUCGAGGGAAACGGGAUGGCAUCCUGAAAAACGAACGAGGCCGCGUGGUGGUAAAAGUAGGAGCCAUGCAUCUGAAAGGCGUGUGGAUCACGUUUUCUCGUGCCAAGGCUCUAGCGACGCAAUUCAAAAUUCACGACAUCCUUUAUCCCUUAUUCGUGGAUGAUUUGACCAUGUUUGUGUAUUCUUCCUCGCUGCAACAGGGUCCUUUACCACCACGUUCCGCACCUUUAUUGGCGAGUCAUGGAGAAGAAACUUACAAUCAUUCCACUGGUAUGGGAGGGGCCCCUCCUGCUGACCAUUCACCGAUGAUGGCUUCCGACUUCUCAGGUCACUACGCAAAACAGACUUCCGAAUGUUUGUAUCCGCGACAAUUACCUGCACGCUUGCACCCGGUGCCUGCAGACAUUCAUGACGGACCGUUAUCACCGACGUCCCCUACUUCCCCCAACGGAUGCCAGCAACCGUGGAAUCAACGGCGUAACAGUUUGGUUAUGCGAGCUUCGGCACCCAACGGAUUCCAUGAUCCAUCCAGCCGACAUCACCCUUACUCUCAAUCUGUUUACGCUCCACCCACAAAAGAAGGUGUUCGACCCAACUUUCCACGCGUCUCUUCUACCGGCUACUGCCACAACGGUCAACCGGCAUCUUUUUCAUCCUAG